CUUGUGAACCUCGUCGGCCGCCAUCCUUUCAGCUUCCAGAAUUCUUGCCUGCGGCGGAGGGUGGUCGCCAGGUUUUAAAACAGCUGUCCUGUGAUUUGUCUCCAGCGGUGAAGACGGAAGUCAUCCAUCAGUUGAGCAUCUUUGUUACCUACAAAUAGAGUUGGCCAGGUGGCAAGUUUAUGGACUGGAGUAAGAAGAACCUGCUUCUCCCUCUGACUUGGGUUCUAGUCUACAGGAACAUUUUCAGUGAUAGAAGAAGGAGGCUCCAGGCUUGGGAGAGCAUGGAUUCUGGCAGCAGCCUGACCUGAGAUCCCUGACCAUAACCUCCAGGCAGGCCUGGAAAGAGAAGACAGAACACAGCCUGGAGUUACACACCCUUUCUUAAGAAGUAGAGAAGAUGAGCAAGGUCCAGGGCCCUGUGUCAUUCGAGGAUGUGGCUGUGGGCUUCAGCGGGGAGGAGUGGCAGCUCCUGGGCCCGUCUCAGAAGGCCCUGUACUGGGACGUCAUGCUGGAGAACUACUGCAACUUAGUGUCAGUAGGAUAUCAGGCUCCCAAACCAGAUUCAUUCUUUCAGUUGGAACAAGGAGGACCCCCAUGGAUGGUCAAGGGAGCAGCCCUGAGUCCAACCUGCCCAGGCUAUCAAGCUACCAUACCAGUUCUGAUCCUUAACUUCGAGCCCAGAGAAGGGCCAUGGAAAGAAGAUGAAAUGCAGCAUCAGUACUUUUCAGGCAAGAAACUAUAUGGAUGCAAUCAAAAUGCAAUGGAUACUUGUCAACCACUCACAACCAUGCCUUGGAGAAUUCACGCAGGAAAUAAUUCCCACGGAUGCCGUGAUUGUAAGGGAACCUUUCCCAGUGAGUUAAAGCUGGUUACUCAUCAGGACACUCACACAGAAGAAAACCAAUAUGGAUGCAGUCGAUGUCAGAAAGCCUUCAUUACAAAGUCAGCACUUGCCUAUCAUCAGAAGACCCGACACAGAGAAGGAAAGUCCCACAGAUGCAGCAAAUGUGGGAAGGCUUUUCCUUGGAAGUCAAAGCUCAGCUUACAUCAGAGGACUCACUCAGGAGAAAGACCCUUCAGAUGUGGAGUUUGUGAUAAAGCCUUCAUGGUGAAAGCACAUCUCACUGUACAUCAGAGAACUCACACGGGAGAGAAGCCAUACAAAUGCUCCGAUUGUGAGAAAGCCUUCUCAAAAAAGGCUCAGCUCCUGAUUCAUCAGCGAAUCCACACAGGAGAGAGACCGUAUGGAUGUAGUGAGUGUCAGCAAGCCUUCAUCCAGAAGUCAGAUCUCAGUGAUCAUAAGAAAAGUCAUCACGCAGCAGAGAAAUCCCACGAAUGCAGUGAAUGUGGGAAGAUUCUGUCCUCUAAGUCAACUCUCAUUGUACAUCAGAGAACCCAUACUGGCGAGAAGCCCUUCAAGUGCAGUGCAUGUGAUAGAGCCUUCACGUCAAAGGCACAUCUCGUUAUCCACGAGAGAGUUCAUACAGGAGAGAGACCAUAUGAAUGCUCAAACUGUGAGAAGGCCUUCUCCACUAAGGCAUAUCUCAUGAUCCAUCAGCGAAUUCACACAGGAGAGAGACCUUAUGGAUGCAGUGAAUGUCCACAGGCUUUCAUCCAGAAGUCAGGUCUCACUAACCAUCUAAAAAAUUGUCAUGCUAAAGUGAAAUUGUGUGAAUGCCCCGAAUGUGGGAAGGUUCUGUCGUGUAAGUCAACACUCAUUAUACAUCAGAGAACCCAUACAGGUGAAAAACCAUUCAAAUGCAAUGUGUGUGAUAAGGCUUUCACAGCCAAGUCCUAUCUCACUGUACAUCAGAGAAUUCAUACAGGAGAGAAACCAUAUGAAUGCCCCCAUUGCAAGAAAGCGUUUACUACUCUGUCAGCUCUUAUCAGUCACCGGAGAACUCACACAGGAGAGAGGCCCUAUGGAUGCAGCGAAUGUCAGAAAGCCUUCUUUCGGAAAUCAGUGCUUGCUAAUCAUCAGCGAACUCAGCACAGAGGGAAAUACUGUGCACAGUGACUGUGAGAAUGUGACAAAGCUCUUUCCAUUAAGCUUAUCUACUCACAGAACUCACACAGGAUGGAAACGCCGUAAGUGUUCUCAUUAUACAGACUGUUCUGGAACUCCUUAAUAGGAAAGAAACCUUGUGCAUGGAAUGAAAGUUUUACAUCUUCCAUCUGAAGACAUUCACCUUGUUAUACCUUAGGGAUCUUGCCAAAAAAAGAAACAUUAUAAAGUCAGCGAGAAUGGCCUUUUCUGGUGGUACAGUGGUAUAAAGAAUCUGCCUGCCAACGCAGGAAAUGCAGGUUAGAUCCCUGGAUCGGGAGGAUCCCCUGGAGUAGUAAAAGGCAACCCACUCCAGUA